UUUAAGCAGGAAUGUUGUCGAAUUUCCAGUGGUUUUGGCCGUUGGCUUUAUGGCUUGUAUGUCGGUGCUUCCCGCGGUGCACAGCUCAAGUCUGUAAUCCCCGCGGCUGGCGUAACUACGAAUGCAGCGAAUUGGCUAGUCUAGAGGAUUUAAUAAAUUCUGAAGGCUUGUCCACUGAAACUUGGCAUACGCUGAGCAUACGAAAUGAGCUAACCGAACUGGCUAUUGGUCCAGCUUAUUCGUUUGACCAGCGAUUGGCUAGUCUAACCAACUUGGAUUUAUCUCGAGUGACACGAUUGAAGCUCUUUGAUGGAGGAUUCUCAAGUCUUCCCCAAUUGCGACAUUUAAAUAUCAGCCAUUGCGGAUUAGAGAACCUGCAGGGGAACCACUUUAGCCUGGACUCGGCCCUACAAAUGCUCGAUGCCAGUCACAAUGGACUGACAACUCUUACAAAGGAUGCCGUUGGCAAUUUGCACAAAUUGAUUUAUGCAAAUUUCACAUACAAUUCCCUGACAGUUUUCGAAAUGUCAAACAUGCCGUUGCUCUACCGUCUGGACCUGAGUCACAAUCAACUGAUUAAUGUGAGCUUCGGUGUGUGCCCCCAUUUGCAGCAGCUCUUGCUCACCGAUAAUCGAAUGUCUCAGUUAGAUGUGAACACAUUUCAUGGUCUACACGGGCUUUUGGAACUGCAUCUAAGCUACAAUCAAUUGACAACCAUUACUUCAGACACUUUUAAACCAUUAACACAGCUGCGACUGUUGAAUCUAUCUCACAACUACCUGGAUGCACUACGUCCUCAGGUUUUUGGAGCUGCACAGGAUUUCGCAAUAAAUCUACAUCAUUUAGACUUAUCAGGCAACAGGAUUCGUCUGCUGUUCGAGAAUCAGUUUCGUGUAUUGCCUCGCUUGCAGACGCUGGACGUAUCCAAGAAUAGCAUAGCUAGUCUAAGUCCUGGACAUUUUACUGGUCUGGGAACACUACGAAAGUUGUAUCUGCAAUCCAAUGAUAUUCUGGAAAUUAAAGCGGGAACAUUUGCGGGACUCUCCAAUCUGGAUACAUUAGACUUGUCGCACAACGAUCUGGAAUACUUUGAUGAGUAUGAAUUUGGUGGCAAUACUUUGGCCCGAUUACGCAAACUGAAUCUGAAUGCCAACAGCAUAAAGUAUUUGCAUCCGUUGGCUUUCUCCUCGCUGCCUUUUUUGGAAUACUUAUCACUGGGCCACAACGAGCUACAUUCGCUGGAUGUGCGUAUGUUUUUGCCAAUGCGACAUCUUCAAAAGCUGCAUUUGGGUCACAAUCUGUUUGAUGAAAUUGGGCCUGAUGUUCUGGAAAGUCUUAGCAAUGUAAUGGAGCUGCUUAUCGACAAUAAUAAGUUAACCUUUUUGGCGAAUGCCAACGAUACAUUUCCCAAUCUUAAACGGAUAGCCAUUGAGGGUAACCCCUGGCAAUGUGCCUGCUUCGUUGAGCUGGAACGUUGGCUAUCUGCAAGACAGAUAAUAUAUUUACGCGAGAAUACAGGUUAUUACAAAGGCGAGAGGCCUCUGUGCGUCAUUACUGCUGUGGAAUACUGUGUGCAGAAUUUACAGGCGGUGCGAAAACAGGGCAUCAUUCAUGAUUUUGAAGAAGAGCAGGAACAGACGCACUUACCCAGAGAAGAUUUGAGUGACGAAGAAGACUGACAAACGAAACAAUUUCGUGGUUUAUAUACAUUAAUGGCCCUUGAGGCUUCUUCUGAUAAGCAGUUCUGGGUUCAUUAUUAUUAAAGAUAUUCUUUUUUUAAUUUA